CAAGUACCGCUGAAGCUAGUAUGUGAAUGCAAUGGCAGCAAUAUUGCAGAAAAAAACGUCAAGUAAACGAAUAAGUGUUGUUUAAAAAAUGUUGAAAAUUUUUGGAUUCAUAACAAUAUGUUUUGUGUAUCGAGGUUUCGCAGGCAAAAAUAAUGAUGAUUUGAAAAUCAAUAUUUACACAAAAAUUUUUGAAAUUGAGAGCGUAACUUCUUAUUAUGAAUGCGAAGGAAUCUCUGUAUUUUACAACGCUGCUCAGAAGUUGAAAUUACCUGUGCCUGGGAUUCCUCUUCGGCCAAUUACGGAACAUAAUGUAUCAUUUGUGAUUUAUUCGAGGCAACAUGCCCAACCUUUGGUGGUGAACACGUAUGAUUCUGCACGAUCUGUUUCCAGCUUACCGAAAAGUUUCAACAUUGAAAAACCGACUGUGGUUUACGUUCAUGGAAUUCACGAUACAUAUGAACCAUAUGUACCCAUUUUCAAGAAUGGAUUAUUUCCAAAAGAAGAUAUUAACCUGAUUUUUAUGGACUGGGAUUCGUACGCUGAUUAUAAUUCGAUGUAUUCGCGUAACAACACAGUACCUCGACUAGGUAACAUUUUGGGAAAAUUUCUACGCCAGUAUAUCAAAGCUGGAGCAAACCCAAAGGACAUUUAUUUAAUUGGUAUUAGCUCAGGAGCUCAGUCAUUCGGUAUAGCUGGUAAACAGAUCACGAAUCCGAAAAUUGGAAGAAUCUUAGGUAUUGAUCCUGUCGGAACGUGUUACAAUUUUGGUCACGAUUCAUUGAGACUAUCUCGUGGCGAUGCUGAUUUUGUACAAAUUGUUCACUGCUCUGUGGGUGAAUUUGGAGAAUUAUCCAAGUUCCAGGGAGAUGCGACGUUUUACCUGAAUGGUGGCAAACUUCAGCCUCAGUGUGUAGAUGAGAAGAGUUUGACAGAUGUGAACAAAUGUAGUCAUGAUUCAUGUGGGACCUACGUAUACAAAACAUUGUACGAUUUCAAUAAAUAUAUCGGAGUAAAAUGUGACAGUUACGAGAAAUACUUGAGCAAAGACUGCGAUUGCAGCGACAAAGCUGUGAUGGGCUACAAUACUUCCACAAAAACCAAAGGAACCUAUUAUGUUGAUACUGCAUCAAAUAGUCGACCUGUUUGUCAAAGCUGAUGAAAAUUUCCAAGACGAUGAAAUGAAAGGAAUAGAUGCUCGAAUUCCAAAUUACGAAAGCUCAUAUUAUCAGACAUGGUUAAAUUUUAAGAAAAUUUGUUCGCUGAAUUUCAAAGUGAAUAAAUUAAAGAUUCAAAAUCAAUGAUUAAAAUUUUAAAAACUUAAAA